AUGCCACAAGGACGUCGUAAGGUGCCUUUCUCGGCGAAGCAAAAGAAGGCCCAGCUGCAGACGAAGCGGGAGCAGAAAAAGGUCGGCCGACCAGCAGCGGUGCACCCAACGCUCCAUCGAAAGGCGCUGGUCAGUGACGACGGUGACAUUGAGGACGAGCUGGACGAUGACACCACCCUUGACAACACCCUCGGCCAGCUGGAGUUUGGUCAGCCUUCCGGCGUCGUCGAUCAGAACGCUGAAUCGGGCACCUUUCUAAGCAAAAUACACAGCGUCAACGUACAGAAGAACCUCGCCCAGACUAGAGGCGUCAAUCGAUACGCACUGCAGUUUUUCACCGAAUCAGACCAGGAGAUUCGUGAGCGAAAAGAGCGAGCGCAGAAACCGUUCAAGUUGCUCGAUGAGAAGGACGGACUGGUCUGCUCGGUGGAGGAUCUGUUUGGCGAGUCGAGCGAUUCUCAUGGCAUUCCAGUUACCGACGUUGACAUGCCCAAACGACCACCGUGGAACUCAAAAAUGUCCGUCCCCGAGUUGAACGCCCAGGAGCAGAAGUACUUUACCAAUUAUCUCAAUGAGCUGUUCAGCAAGGCUGGCGAUAAGCCACUCAGCUACUUUGACCUGAACCUUGAAACAUGGCGUCAGCUGUGGCGUGUGAUUGAAAUGAGUGACAUCGUUCUGCUGGUUUCUGACAUUCGACACCCUAUUUUUCACUUUCCGCCUUCCCUCUACCACCACGUUGUCGAUGAUCUCGGAAAAGACAUGAUACUCGUGCUAAACAAAAUCGACCUCGUCGACGCGGGACUGGUGAUCGCCUGGCGCCAGUACCUCAAGUCUCGAUUUCCAAAGCUAAACAUUCUUGAAUUUGCCUCCUACGCAGGAAUGCGCGUCAAGUCCUCCUCGGGAAAGCGAGUUGGUAAGCUGCGGAUGGCUGUGAAGGGCGCCAGCUCGUUGCAGGCCAUGGUCGCCCGCAUCGUCGGCGAUCGAGCCGAUCUGAGCACCUGGAAGGCGAAGAUUGACAGCGAACUGCAGGAGUUUGAAAACAACUCACCCGAUGACGACUCCUCCUACUUUGAGUCAGAGGACGAAGAUGAAGCGGACCAGGUGAUUGUGGAGAAGUGCGACACCGGCUACUACCAGCAGACGGAGCGGUACAAGGACGGCCUGGUCACCAUUGGCUGCGUCGGCCACCCCAACGUGGGCAAGUCGUCGCUGCUGAACGCCCUCUACGGAAAGAAGGUGGUGAGCGUGUCGCGAACGCCCGGCCACACCAAACACUUCCAGACGAUCUUUCUCACAGAGAAUGUCCGCCUGUGCGACUGUCCCGGACUGGUCUUUCCCUCGCACGCCCCCAAGGCGCUGCAGGUGCUCCUCGGCUGCUAUCCCAUCUCACAGCUCCGUGAGCCGUACACUGCCAUCGGCUACAUGGCGGAGCGGCUCAAUCUAGUCCGACUGCUGCGACUGCAACACCCGGAGGGCGACACGGAGACCACCUGGUCGGCGUACGACGUCUGCGAGGCCUGGGCGGAGAAGCGCGGCUUCCUCACCGCUCGCACCGCCCGACCGGACAUCUACCGGGCGGCGAACCACCUCCUGCGAAUGGCCCUCGACGGGCGGACCAUCUGUCUGCGCUUCCACCCGCCCAACUACCACCAACACGAGCCGACGCACUGGGCGACGCACCCGGAGCGGGCAGAGGUGGAGGCCAUUCAGAAUCGACAGGUGGUGGAGGAGACGCUGAACGCCAAUCUGAUGCGCCAGAGUCACAACCCGGGCUACGUGGACAGCCACGCCUCCAGUGUGGAGGCGGACGUGGAUGAGGACGACGAGGACUCGGAGGACUUUGCCACCAACUCCAAGUUUGCUCUGCUCGAGGUGGAGGACGACGAGUAA